UUUUGGUUGCUGCGUAUGAUUUCCCUGCCGGAUGUUUGGUUCUGUUUCAUAAUUCGGCUCCUUUCCUGUCACCCGCAGUACCUGCAGAUGAAAUGGCCUAUUUUGGACGUUCCCGGAUCUGCGGGACUGAAAGACUCCCGUUCUCCAACCCCGGGGCAUUUAUCCAAUAAAGUCCCGGUGGUGCAGCAUGCCCACCACGUCCACCCGCUGACACCGCUCAUCACCUACAGCAAUGAACACUUCUCCCCCGGCACGCCGCCAUCACACCUCUCCCCCGAGAUCCUCGACCCAAAGACAGGUAUUCCUCGGACCCCUCACCCGUCGGAGCUCUCUCCGUACUACCCGCUGUCUCCUGGGGCCGUCGGUUCCAUCGCACACCCUCUGGGCUGGUUCAUGCAACAGCAGGGCCAGCCCAUGUACUCCAUCCCUCCGGGGGGAUUCCGUCACCCCUAUCCGGCGCUAGCAAUGAAUGCAUCCAUGUCCAGCUUGGUGUCCAGCCGUUUCUCCCCUCACAUGGUGUCUCCUUCACCUCACGGCCUCCACCAGACCGGCAUUCCCCACCCGGCCAUCGUCUCCCCGGCCAUCAAACAGGAGCCCAGCGACAUGAGCCCCUCCAUGCAUGCCAGGAAAUCCCCAGUUCCUCCCAAGAAAGAAGAAGACAAGAGGCCUCAUAUUAAGAAACCGCUGAACGCUUUCAUGCUGUACAUGAAGGAGAUGAGAGCCAAAGUAGUGGCAGAGUGCACUCUGAAAGAGAGCGCUGCCAUCAACCAGAUCCUUGGGAGACGGUGGCAUUCCCUGUCAAGAGAGGAGCAAGCCAAAUACUACGAGCUGGCCAGAAAAGAGAGGCAACUCCACUCUCAGCUGUAUCCGGGGUGGUCAGCAAGGGAUAACUACGGAAAGAGGAAAAAGAGGAAGAGGGACAAUAAACCCGACUCAAAACCCGAAGACUUCUCCAUCAGAAGCAAGAAGCAGUGCGUGCAGUACCUUCCCUCGGAUAAGAUGUGCGACAGCCCGGCGUCGUCCCACGGCAGCAUGCUGGACUCGCCGGCCACUCCCUCCGCGGCCUUGGCCUCCCCGGCCGCUCCUGCCGCCACUCACUCCGAGCAGGCCCAGCCGCUAUCGCUCACCACCAAACCGGAGGGACGCAUGCACCACCACUUCUCCCUACCUGGGAAGGCAUCUGGAUCCACAUCCUCCUCCUCCUCCUCCUCCUCAUCUUCCUCCUCCUCCUCCUCCUCCUCCGCCUCCCAUACCCACCUCUCAAUCCCAAUUGGUACUUCAGGUAGCCACCCGACCACGCCCAUCCUUACCCGGCCAAUCCCGUUCACAUCCCUGCACCCCUCCAUGCUCUCCCCCCCAUCCCCCUUUCAUCAGGCAGCCCUUCACUCCCAUCAUGCGCUGUUCCAGUCGCAGCCCCUCUCCCUGGUUACCAAACCAACCGAAUGAAUUCACAAAGGAAACUUGCUCCCAUUUUAUUGUGCUGUAUAUUGCUUUUCUUUCAAAUAGAUAUUAGAUCAGCUUUUUUCUAAAUAAUGAAAAGGACAAAAUAUUAUUGGUCAAUAUUUGACUUACUCCUUUUCUACAACUCUGAAUGAAAACUAAAUGUAUUUUUUGUAAAGUUUACUGCAGAACUGGUUUCUUUUUGAUGCAUUUAUCCAAUGAACCUCUUGUAUAAAAGAACCAAUGUACAUAAAGUUUCUUUAUAAAAAAAAAAGGAACAAAAACAUGUUAUCUUUUUAGCCAAAACCUGAUUAAUGUUAGUAUUAAGUUUAAGUCAUAGUACCGGCCAAUAAUUGCAGCUCCCUUUUCAAUUCACGAGUGUGUGCCCCUUUCUUUGACAUGUUAAAUAAACAUUUGAAAUUGUUUCUUAAGA